AUAAAAAGGUCGAGGAAGGAAAGUAAGUUGUUCUUUUCGAUAUUGUACGAUUUGUAAAACUUAUAUACAUGUUUUGAUCGUGCAAACGAUGAGAAAAUGGCGUCAGUGGGAGUUAACAUAAAAUCAUCAAAAAGUGAUAAUCUACUUCCGACUACGCAGAAAGAAGAGGCAUUCAACGAAUUUUACACAGAGGUUAAGGAGAUAGAGAAAAGGGAUUCCGUUUUAACACCCAAACAACAAAUUGAUCGUCUUCUGCGACCAGGUUCCACGUACUUCAAUUUAAAUCCAUAUGAAGUUUUACAAAUUGACUCAGAUGCUACUCUUGAAGAAGUGAAGAAAAAAUAUAAACGGUUGUCGAUCUUAGUACAUCCUGACAAGAAUCCUGAUGACCCUGAAAGAUCUCAACAAGCCUUCGAAAUUAUUAACAAAGCAUGGAAAACAUUAGAAAAUGAAGAAACCAGAACAAAAUGCCUGGAUGUAAUAGAAGAGGCAAAAGCCCGAACAGACCAAAUGAUUGCAGAGAAACGGAAAAAACUUAAAAAAGAAGGAAAAGAUUCUCGCAUUGAUGAAGAUGAUCCUGGUAAUUACAAACAUGCGAUAUACGUUAUGACAAUGAAACUUUUCGCGGAUAUGGAGCGUAAAAGAAGAGAACUUGAGCAACGUGACAUUGAAGAAAGAAAAAGAAAGAGGGAGCAGGAAAUUGAAGAAGAGGAAAAAGCGAAUAUUGAAAAAGAAUGGCAGAAAAAUUUUGAGGAGUCUCGUCAGAAUCGUGUCAACAGUUGGAAAGCUUUUCAGGCAGGCAGUUCUGGCAGUGGUGGUAAAAGCAAAAAUAAAAAAAUUCGUGGAGUUUUCAAGCCCCCUAAACACAAGGCAGAAUCAAGAUAAUUUGUGUUGUGAUGUGAUAGUUAAGACAAACAGAUGAUAGAACAUUUAGCAUUCGUAUCAGAUACUGUUUUUGUCAGAUGGGACCUUUCCUCUUGUUUCUACAGACAUAUUUUAAAUUAAAAUAAAUAACCGUGUUCAUGAGUUGUUCAUAUGUUUCAUUCCCCAAUGUUACUUGGGGCCAGUAUUCAAAAAUGCCACAUAUUUUGGUGCAAAGUCAACGGCACAGAAUGAUGUGGUUGUCUGAUCAGGAAUUGCUAAUUGCUGAUUUGCAACAGUAGCCUUAAAGCACAAUUUUUGUGCACUACACACAUCAAUGAUAUAUAAAUCUUGAUAACAUGUGUGAUUAACUGUGUAAUGUGGAUAGACACUCAUGUUUGAAUAUAGUGUAAAUUUGAAACAUAACUGCUCUGUAUUUUUGUUGAACUUUUUCAGUACUAUGUUACUUGAUUAAUCAAAAACAAGUUAGCACUGUAACUGGACCUUCAAUAUAAAAUUUCUUCAUGGAAGGUUGCUGAAACUUUAAGAGCAUAAUAUGUGUUAUCAAAAUAUUCUAAAGUAUUCUUUUAAUAAAGCACAAAAAAUAGAGAUAUCUUCAGUGGUUUUUGUUGAAAUAAUGUUAAAUUAUUUUUACAGAUAAGGUAUUGUAAGAUAAGAAAAUUAAGUUUUGAAUGCCAUAUUUUCUCUAAUAAUUCAAAAGGCUUAAUGGAGAUGCCUAUUCAGAACACUAUUGGACCCAAGUAAUUUUCAUUAUUCCUGUUUCCAUUUGCUAGCAACCUUUCAUGGAAAUUUACGUAAUAAAGAAAAGUAUUUGACAAGAUACGGGUCACACUUUUUCAUAAUUUGCAUCUCGCACUCCAAUUUUGCUGUUUAGUUUUGUCUGUACUAAAGUUUUUAAGAAGUACAAUAUGCGUUCUUUUAAAGUUUAUGAGUUAGGAAACUGGGAAAUAUUUCCUUCCAUUUAGGAGGGAAAAAUCUCUGUAUCACUUUACAUGUUCUCAGCUUCGGGUAGCAUGCCUUCAGGAAUGAAACGACUAUUUUACAAUAUAUUGUUAUUUUUUUUAUUGAAAAGGUAUGUGUAUUGUAAUUAAUACUGUUAGAUCCAUUGCUAGUGAAAUGCAAGAUCUGAUCCAGUACUCCGAAGAGAAGCACUGCAUGUUAUUGAAACGUUUUUGUUAGAUCUGUAAAAUGCUGUGGUGAAUUUGAAUAAAUGUGGUGUAAAUACAUAGAGGAAAACGUGCUUGAAAUUGAACAAGAAGCCUCCAUGUUGGCGUGAGAGAAAAAAGAGAGCUGAAUGAAUAUUCUGCUGAGACUAUAAGUGGACUGAAGAGCUUUCUACUGUUAUUCCCAUCUGAAAUAACAGGAUGAGUGUCUUUGCAUUGGUGCUAUGAACAUGAAAACCAUUAAGUCUACAGGUAGAAAAUUGAUUGGCCUAAUGGUCCAACAAGUUCAAGACACUAAUAGUGUAUAGAAACCAAAUAAUAAAUGUUGAAAGUAGCGAAUUUUCUGAGGUAAUGAAAAUGUCCAGGUAUGAUGUAAACCUAAAGUAUUUUAACAAAAUCAGUGAUUACACUGUAUUGAAUGAUUGUGGAUAUUUCCAGCAUGCAUGUUCCUCAAAUAAUUUGCAAGGAAAAUAGAAAGUAAAAUUUCUCUUGUUUGACACCUUUUCAGUCACGUUCAUCUGAACAAGAAACAAGAACAUGCUAAAUAUAAUAUGGAAGAAUGAAAUGUCUAGUGAGAUUUAUAACAUCUUUCUAUGAUUUUUAAUAUUUUUGCAGGCUUGGAUUUGAGAGUUAAAAAUAGAUCCAUAUUUUUUUGAAAAUAAAUGAAACAUUUCAUUUGAGGGAUCAUUACCUUCAAUACAUUUAUGAAAAAGCAAAACGUUCUGCAAGGCUACCAAUAGGAUUUUCCUUAAACAAUAUUAGGGACACGAUUUUAUACUAAGGAAGUUGGUAAAAAUAGUGAAAAGAAAAAUGUAUUAUUGU